GGCUGCUAAAAUUUCUCAUGCAGCCGUCUCUGCGAUACCUUCCCCCAUCCGAAAGUCCAUUUCUUCGUACCCAUCUACCUCUCUCUCCAACACGCUGUCCUUUAUAUGCACUCGCAGCUGAUUCUUGCCACCUUCAUUUUGGGCAAAUUUGGCUCUCCACGAGAGCUUUAUGGUAAGAAGGAAACAUGGGGAGAGAGAGCCCGGAAGAAGAUGGGUUGCCAACGAGCUCUCUGCUUCUCAAAGAAGUCCCUGGCUAUGGCAACCGUGGCAACUCCUUGUCUUCAAGUGAUCCCUCGGUCACGCCUCUCGUCGUUUUCAGCACGCUCGUUGCCGUUUGCGGGUCUUUUGUCACCGGGUGUGCUUCUGGUUAUUCAUCACCUGCUGAGUCGGGCAUAAUGGAGGACUUGGGGCUCUCUACAGCAGCGUAUUCGCUUUUUGGUUCUAUAUUAACAAUAGGAGGGUUAAUAGCAGCUUUGGUUAAUGGGCGGAUGACAGAUAUGAUGGGUCGUAGACACACAAUGGGGAUUUCACAAAUAUUUUCCACUGCAGGAUGGCUUUCUAUAGCAUUUGCCAAGAAUGCUUGGUGGCUAGAUAUUGGAAGACUGUUAAAUGGAGUUGGCAUUGGGAUUGUAUGUUACGUGGUACCUGUGUACAUUGCCGAAAUAACACCCAAAAGUAUCCGGGGAGCAUUCACAGCUUUAAAUCAGGUGAAAUUUUGGGCCACUGUAAAAUGUUUAUGGUGUCAACUCAAUGCAUUGCCUAUCAACCUUUGCUGGAUCUGGUUGCAGUUUUUGUUAUGCUGUGGCUUUUCGUUGAUUUACUUUCUUGGAACUAUUGUUUCCUGGCGUAUCUUGGCCUUCAUAGGUUGUAUCCCCUGCGUACUUCAAAUUUUCGGUUUAUUCUUUAUCCCGGAGUCUCCUAGAUGGCUGGUAAAAGUCGGUCAAGAAAAGGAGUUUGAAGCCACAUUGCAGAGACUCCGUGGCAAAAGUGUUGACAUUUCCCGGGAAGCAACGGAUAUCAGAGACUAUACAGAAACCUUUGAACGGCAAUCCCAGUCUAGAAUUCUCGAUUUGUUUCAACGAAGAUACGCUCAUUCCCUCAUAAUAGGAGUCGGAUUGAUGAUCCUUCAACAAUUUGGAGGGGCAAAUGCAUUUGCCUACUAUGCGAGCUCUAUAUUUGAAUCAGCUGACUUUUCAAGCAGCAUUGGUACCCGAAGCAUGGCUAUUGUCCAGAUCCCAGCAACCGCUCUUAGUGUAAUCUUGACAGAUAAAGUUGGAAGAAGACCGCUUUUAAUGAUUUCUUCAGCUGGAAUGGGCUUGAGUUGCUUUGUUUUAGGAUUCUCAUUCUUCAUGCAGGACCUGCAGUAUUGGAAGGAAGCUACACCCAUUUUGGUGUAUGUAUGCAUUAUGGUGUAUUCCGUAGCUUACUCACUUGGCAUGGCAGGUUUACCGUGGGUCAUAAUGUCGGAGGUAUUCCCAGUAAAUGUUAAAGGGUCGGCUGGAAGCCUGGUGACCUUCUCCAAUUGGUCCUGUUCUUGGAUCGUCAGCUACACUUUUAACUUCAUGUUGGAAUGGAGCGCACCCGGAACCUUUUUGAUCUUUGCGUGCAUUUGCGGUUUAACUAUCUUAUUCACUGCGAAGCUAGUGCCGGAGACCAAGGGGCGAGCAUUGGAAGAAUUGCAAGCAUCACUUGCCCAUUUUCUGCAAUGAUUUGUACCUUGUUGAGAUCUGAAUUGGUAUGAUCAUUGUGUUGCCAAGCACAUAAGGCAUUGAGUCAUGCUGUCGAGAGGCUUUUUGUAGGGUUGACUUUUUUGUGCCUGAUUGUGAAAAAAUUUGCAAUAAUAAAAGGGGUGAAAAAAAGGGAGAUUUCGUUGCAA